UCCCGACGCUCAAUGACUGCGCCGGGCUCCGCUCGCCUCCCGCCCGCAGCAGCAGCCUUGGCAAGCCCGCCGCCCCCCCUCGCCUCCCCCCCCGUCCUCUUCAAGGAGGAAGCAAAGGCUCCAGCCCCCCCCACCCCGGCGCUCUUGCGCCUUCCUCCUCUUCCUCCUCCCCCCAGCCGGUUCCGAAGAAGGGAGACGGAAGAGGCCGGUGGGGGCUCCCGGCCCUUUAAAGCGCAGGCAGUUCAUGAGAGGGGAGAACAAUAGGCUGCAAGUCCACUCCUGAAGCAAAUGAUGAGAGAACAAAGGUGAAGCAUGAUGUAAUGGCAGGACCAGCAGAAAAGCAUCUUUUGUUUGAGUUGUGAAGUGGUUACUCUACAGCUGAAGAUGAAUCAGCUGUGAGGGGCUGCUUUGUGGCACAAGCCCUGUAGGGCUGACACAUCAACUGGGAGCUGGAGGAACCAUUCCUCUCCACAAAAGCAACAAAAAUGGGCCCAAUUUUUCUCCUGCCAGUCACUACCAGUAUGACCUCACACCCUCCGAGCGCGAUGGAACGGCUGAGCCUUUGAGUGGAUAGCCAUUACAUCACCUCCUUGAUUGCCUCUGCUGCAAAUCGGAGAGGAAGGUGGUGGCACGGCGGGAAGGGACUCGGUGCAUCGUUGUCGUUGUUAUGGCUGAUGAGAAGAGCAGCACUCGGCUCAUUGCUGCCGAGAGGCUCGUGGCGCUGCUCGAGAGCGGCACGGAAAAAUUGCUCCUGAUUGACAGCCGCCCCUUUGUGGAAUACAAUACCUCUCACAUCUUGUAUGCUGUCAACAUCAACUGCUCCAAACUCAUGAAGCGGAGGCUUCAGCAGGAUAAAGUGCUGAUCACCGAACUCAUCCAGCACUCUGCCAAGCACAAGGUUGAAAUUGACAGCAAGCAAGAAGUUGUGGUAUAUGAUCAGAGCUCAAAGAAUAUGGCUUCUCUUUCUAGUGAUUCUUUUCUGACUGUUCUGCUGGGAAAGCUGGAGAAGAACUUCUGCUCUGUUCAUCUACUUACAGGUGGAUUUGCUGACUUCUCAAGCUGUUUCCCUGGCCUUUGUGAAGAAAAGUGUAUUCUGGUGCCUUCCUGCAUUUCUCAGCCCUGCUUACCGGUUUCUAACACUGGACCAACCAGGAUUCUGCCUCAUCUCUAUCUUGGGUGUCAGAGGGACGUCCUCAACAAGGAGCUCAUGAAACAAAAUGACAUUGGUUACGUCCUGAAUGCCAGCAAUACUUGCCCCAAGCCGGACUGCAUUCCAGACUCUCACUUCUUGAGAGUGCCUGUGAACGACAGCUUCUGUGAGAAAAUUUUUCCAUGGCUGGACAAAUCUGUGGACUUCAUAGAAAAAGCAAAAGCCUCGAAUGGUCGUGUUCUGGUGCACUGUUUAGCUGGAAUAUCCCGCUCUGCCACCAUUGCGAUAGCAUACAUAAUGAAAAGAAUGGACAUGUCCUUAGAUGAGGCCUAUAGAUUUGUGAAAGAGAAGAGGCCGACCAUUUCUCCUAAUUUCAACUUCCUUGGCCAGCUUCUGGACUUUGAAAAGAAAAUCAAGAGACAGACUGGGCAAGCAGGUCUCUUCAGCAAACGGAAACUUCUGCAUUUGGAGAAAACCAGCGAUCAGGGACAGAGUGCGGAGAGCGGGCAGAGCAGCAGCCUUCUCCCCUCCCCACAGCUGUGCGUUUCAGAGAGGGUGGAGCAGAGGUCGGUGGACUCGCUCAGUCUGGCAGGACCACCUUUGUCAUCUCUCGAAGACAGCCCGCUGGUUCAGGGCAUAAGAGGACUCUGCGUGUCCUCGGACAAAGUGGAAGACAGUAACAGGCUGAAGCGGUCGUUUUCCUUGGACAUCAAAUCUGUCUCAUCUGUGGCAAACAGCAGCUGCCUUAUGGCUUCAGGACAGGGAUAUCCCUCUUUGGAGGACACAUUAGAAUAUUACAAGCAUUCUGCAGCCUUGGAAAGUAGCUCCAAGUUAUGCCAGUUCUCCCCUGUUCAGGAGGUUUCGGAGCAGACGCCAGAGAGCAGCCCAGAUAAAGAGGAAGCAAAGGUUCCGGAGAACCCCCAGAAGACCAGGCAGCCUGACAGUCAGAGCAAAUGGCAGCACUUAGGGCGAACCACUAGCACCACCCAGAGGUCCGACCCACUGCAUCGGAGCGGCAGCAUGGAAGAUAACUACAGAACGAACUUCCUCUUUGGUCUCUCCACCAGCCAGCAGCAUCUGGCCAAGUCUGCAGCUGGGCUGGGGCUGAAGGACUGGCAUUCAGACAUUUUGGCCCCUCAAGCCUCGGCGGCGUCCCUCAGUAACAGCUGGUAUUUUGCCACAGACCCCUCUCGCUUCUAUUCCGCUUCCGCUUUGUAUGGGAGCAGUGCGGCCUACUCAGCCUAUAGCUGCAGUCAGCUGCCCACGGGCUGCGAGCAAGCCUAUGCGGUACGCAGAAGAGAAAAACAUGGUGCUCGGGGUGACUUGCGACGGAGCUGGCAUGAGGAGAGCUCCUUUGAGAAGCAGUUCAAACGAAGGAGCUGCCAGAUGGAAUUUGGGGAAAGUAUCCGGUCAGAGAACAGGUCCCGGGAGGAGCUGGGGAAAGUGGGCAGCCAGCCUAGUUUUUCAGGCAGUAUGGAGAUCAUAGAAGUAUCUUGAGCUUCUUCCGCAGCUGUGUGACUUUUCCCCUUUAGGGUCAAACAAUUCCCUGUAAAUCUGAAAUUUCAAAAACAAAAUGCAAACUGUGGGGCUUCAGUGUGAAAGAAGUGAAUAUAUACAGUGAGAGCGAGAGAGUGAAUAUAUAUAUAUAUAUGUGUAUAUUAAAAGAGUAAUUAAAUGAUAAGGCUAGAACCUGCAUGAGGCAAUCAGCUAUUUUCCUCUGGUUCUCUUGCCCACACUCUCUCUCCCCUCACUUGCAGGUAGAAUUAACAGAUUUAUGUCAUAAUUUUUUUAAAAAUUCCUCCUGACAACUGAAGCAGUUAUAUGCAAAGAAUUGCACUUUCUUUUUGUAGUUGAGACAUCUUUCUUUGUAAGUUGGGCAAGUCUUUUUUGGUUCUACUGAAUUAGUCUACUACAAAACAAACCCCAGCCCGCCUUCCAGCUGAUUUUGUUCUCCAAGUCCUUCAAUAAUGCACCUGAGCCAAUCUCUGCUGGAACCAUCCUUUUUGAGGAAAAAGAAAAUGUAACACCCCCUCCUCUAGCUUGUCGGUAUCCAGGUUGGGCCAAAAAGUAGCAGGGCCUUUGUCUGGACACUGAAAGUGCUAUUGUGGUGGAUAAGUUUUAGGUUCCAUGUAACAAACCUUUACCUCAAAUGAAAAAUGUGGGCAAGUUUUUCUGGCUACCAGAUUAAGCAAUGUGAAGUAACAGCUGAAUUGCUUGUUUGUUGGUUUCAAGCAUGGUAUUAAAUGCUGAUGGUGUCUGUGUGCUUCCCCAUCCCCGAUUCAUUCACAAAUGGUGUGCGCUGAGAGCAGCUGAAAUGAACCUUAAAAAUUAA